AUGGCAUGCACAACUAGAAUCUUGGUGUUUGUAACAUUGAUGCUUGCUAGCACUGUAGUGCUAGGGAAGCUCCAUGACAUCUCUGAAUGUGGAAGUAAUUUGUUAUCAGUUUUAGAGGCAUGUAGCCAGUUCAUACGAAAGGACGGGCCAAAGGUUUCACCAUCAGAUAAAUGUUGUGAAGUUUUGAAAAAAGUUGAUAUACCCUGUCUCUGUAAAAAUUUUCCACCUGAAAUUGAGGGCAAGAUCAGCAUGGAAAAAGCUGUCUAUGUAGCCCAGACUUGUGGCUGCUCUGUUCCUAAGGGAACCAAGUGUGGAAGCUACACUGUUCCUCCAGCUGCUCAUCUCUAG